AUUAUUAUUAUUAUUAUUUUAUGACACAGCAAACAAGAUAGACAUGCUGGAUUUCGUAUCACAAAAUCACAAGUCGAACACUUCCCAAGUGUCUAGGACUGUGUGAUGUAUUUUUUAUUAUUAUUAUUAUUAUUAUUAUUAUUAUUAUUAUUAUUUUAUGACACAGCAAACAAGAUAGAUAUGCUGGAUUUCGUUUCACAAAAUCACAAGUCGAACACUUCCCAAGUGUCUAGGAUUGUGUGAUGUAUUUUCGGAUGAUGUGCGCAGAUCCCAGUAGGGUGGCCUUUUGCAGUUGGCAGAUCAUAAUUUUGUCAAUGUCUAUUGUUUCCAAAUGCCGGCUGAGAUCUUUUGGCACGGCACCCAAUGUGCCGAUCACCACCGGGACCACCUGCACUUCUGCCAGAGUCUUUGAAGUUCAGUCUUGAGGUCCUGAUAGUGACUGAGUUUUUCCUGUUGUUUUUCGUCAACGCGACUGUCACCUGGGAUGGCAACAUCCAUGAUCCAAACCUUUUUCUUUUCCACAACUGUGAUGUCUGGUGUGUUGUGUUCCAGAACUUUGUCAGUCUGGAUUCGGAAGUCCCACAGUAUCUUUGCGUGCUCAUUUUCCAAUACUUUUGCAGGUUUGUGAUCCCACCAGUUCUUUGCUGCUGGCAGGUGGUACUUGAGGCAUAAGUUCCAAUGAAUCAUUUGGGCCACAUGGUUGCCCAUAGUUGUUCCUCUGUUUGUAGUCUGUGCGAUUUUCUUACAGCAGCUGAGAAUAUGAUCAAUGGAAAUUAUUAUUAUUAUUAUUAUUAUUAUUAUUAUUAUUAUUAUUAUUAUUAUUAUUAUUAUUCCUUCGAGGGAAAUGUUGGCAGCAAUGAUACAAUCCUAUACCACCACAGGACCUUUCAUAGUAAGCUUGCACCUAAACAAGUAGUUAUUAGCCAUUGACACUACAAAAGAUAUGUUCAGUAUGGCUCAUGUCCACAUUCUUUGGAACCCUUAAAAGGAGAUUUUCAGAAUGGGUUCCCAGCCCCACCUUUCUGGUGCCUUAGCAGAUCGCAUCUUUCCAACUGGCCAGAAAGUUAAUAAAUAAAAAAGGGCAGAAGAAUGUGAGAAGGAUUAAAGAUUAAGGCAGCCCAGUUGGGACAGUGACUUUGACCUGCUCUUUUCCUAAAGAGCCAACCACAAUGUCUGGUGUUGAAUUUGCUGCCGGCUGGGUUUCGGGAGCAGCGGGGUUGAUUCUGGGGCACCCCAUCGACACAGUAAAGGUGCGUUUGCAAACACAGGUUGGCUACCGGAACAUCCUGGACUGUGUGGUGAAGACCUACCGCCAUGAAACGUUCCGGGGCUUCUUCAAAGGGAUGAGCUUUCCGUUGCUCACCGUGGCCGCAGGAAACUCUGUCAUGUUCGGGGUUUACAGCAAUGCCCUGCUUUACCUCUCUGGUACCCCGCUCCUAGAUCGCCACUCCAGCCCCCCCAGUUAUCUCCAUAUCUUUAUGGCUGGCGGAAUGUCCGGCAUUGCACAGGCUUUGUUCUUGGCCCCGGUGGAUCUUGUCAAAGUCCGGCUCCAGAACCAGACCCACAUCCACAACCCCAAAGCAGUCCAGCCGCGUUACCGGGGUCCGAUUCACUGUGCUGUCUGUAUCCUCCGUGAAGAAGGCCUCCGAGGCUUAUUCCGCGGUGGAAUGGCACUCGUGCUGCGCGACACCCCUACCCUGGCAGUCUACUUUGCCACCUAUACUGCACUGUGCCGGGGGUUGACCACUGAAGGCCAGGAACCAGCUACAGCCCUGUAUCCCAUUGCCCUAGACCAUCCUGGAUCCAACCCUGUCCGAGCCUGGAUUUGGAGUCGGGAAGAAGCCCUUUUCAUGGUCCAGCUAUGGAACAGACGACACUGGUUGCCUUGGUGGAUGAUCUCCAAAGAGAGCUAGACGAGGAGUGUCUCUCUGUUGGUUCUCCUUGACCUCUCAGUGGCUUUUGAUACCAUCGACCAUGGUCAUCCUUCUGGGUCAUCUCUUCAGGAUGGGGAUUGGGAGCAUUGUUCUGCAGUGGCUUCCUGGUGGAUCUGGGGGACUCCUGUUUGACUCCCUGGCCGGUGGGCCGUGCGAUCCCUUGGUUCAAUUCUGUCCCCCGUGCUAUUUAACAUUUACAUGAAACUGCUGGGAGAGAUCUCCGGAGUUUUGGAGUUUGUUGUCAAAGGUAUGCGGAAAACAUCCAACUCUAUUACUCCUUUCCACCCAAAGCCAAAGAUGCCGUCCUGAUCCUAAAGCUGUCAUCAAUAAUGGACUGGAUCAGGGCAAACAAGUUGAAAUUAAAUCCAGACAAGACAGAGGUACUCCUGGUCCAUCGAAAGAUGGAUCAGGGCGUGGAAUUACCACCUGUGUCGGAUCGGGUCGCACUCCCCAUGACAAGAUGGAGUUACUCCUGGUUGCAAGGCCAAAUAGUGUAUAGGGUUACAGCCUGUGUUGGAUGUAGAAGACGCAGGUUCGCAGCUUGGGAAUUAUCCUGGAUUAAUAGCUGAUCCUGGAACUCCAGGUGUUGGUGAUAGCCAGAAGCACCUUCGCACAGUUAAAACUUGUGUGCUAGCUGAGCCCGUACCUUGAGAUGCCAGACUUGGCCAUGGUAGUCCAUGCCUUAGUCACAUCCCGUCUGGACUACUGCAACACUCCCUACGUGGGGCUGCCUUUGAAGACAGUUUGGAAGCUUCUAUUAGUACAAAGAUUGGUGGCCAGGUUACUAACAGGAGCGCUGCACAGGGAAGGAACCACUCUCAUGCUCCCCUGGCUGCCAAUUUGUUUCUGGGCUUAAUACAAAGUGCAUCUCCUCUUAUAUACCAACUCAGCGGAGGAGGCCCUACUCUCGAUCCCACCCCCAUCUCAAGAUGGUGGGAAUGAGAGAGAGGACCUUCUCCAUGAUUACAUAUUUAUUAAUAUUAAUAUGUAAUUAAUUACAUAUAAUUAUUAUAUUGAUACAUUAUAAUAUAUUAUAUAUUUUAUAUUAUAUAUAAUUAUUAUAUUGAUAUAAUAUACUAGCUGUGCCCGGCCACGCGUUGCUGUGGCAAAGUGUUGGUGGUAUUGGUUAAAAAUUGUGUAAUUUUUAUUUGACGUUAUUUGUAUUUUUUUUAUAAAUUUUGUUGUAAGUUAUCUUUUUAUUAUAUUUUAUUAUUUUCUUGUAUUAUUUUUAGUUAUUUUCUGUUAUAGUAUUUUAUUGUAUUAAUUUUUUAGUGUUUUUAAUUAUUUUUAGUGUUUCUUUUUUUUUAUUGGGUUGCUAGGAGACCAAGUUGGAGGAGCUUAGCCUUCUGACUGGCAGCAAUUGGAUAAAAGCAAUUAUUCCUCUCUCUCUAAUUAGGACUUUAUUUUUCUUUUCUUUUUGUUGUAUCAACCUAGAGGCGUGGAUGAUGGGUUGUGUUGUCAAAUUUAGAGGUUGGGGGGCCUGUCGUUUUGUUGUUUUGUGGGUCGCCGUGAUGCCAUCACUCUUAUAUAUAUAUUAUGGGGCAUCUGCAUCUACACAGUGAUCAUAUAUACAUAUAUAUACAUUAUAACAUUAUAUAUUAUAUUAUCUAUGAUACUAUAUAUACUAUACUGGUAUUAGGAUACAUAUUUCUAACAAGCUUUGGAUUGGAAUAUUUUAAUAAAUCAAAUGCAGAAAUA